AGUCCCUCAUGACCCCACUGGUCCCCGGCAGGGGGGGGGAUGAGCAGACGGCCGGAGCGGUCCGCCCGCGACCCGCGCCGCAUCCUCGGGCGCCGCCGCCAAAGAGCGGUGAGACCUCAGCCGAGCAGCCUGGCGUGUGAUGGUUAGUCGGCGGCGCGCAGCAAGAGGGCAGAAGGAGGACGAUCGAGGAUCAAGACGUCCAUUGAUCUCUGGUGCGGGAACGUCACGCCUUCCAUAGCAAAACCACCAAAAAACAAGAAGCCCAGGGCACCCUGGAGGCAAGCAGGGUGCUCCUUGGCAUGGGUCGCCUCUGUACCUGAUGUGCCGGCCACGCUUCUCUCCAGAAUGCGUGCAGACGGCACUGCACUCGGGGGCGGGCGGCCGCUCCCGAGAAGCCCCCCCCGCGCCGCCGUCGAGGGCCGCCCCCUCUCGCCCGAGCCGAUGCAACGCGCCGCCAACCGGAGAGACGACGCGCGGGAAGGAGGGGGGAGACGCCCAGACCUCCCUCGUCGCGACGUGCAUGCUUUGCUCUGGCUCGCAGAGGCACGGCACACGGUGGGGAGACGUCACGCUGGGUCGGAAGCUCCGGGGCCCACGUCGUGAGAAAGGCGCGUCGUCGAGGGUCUGGGCUGGAUGGCCGACCAGGGAGACUGCUUCGCAGUGCAGCACGGGCGGCGGAGGAGGAGGAGAAGCCUCGGCGGUUGGACACUUUUUGGCAGCACCCGGGAGGACAGGCAUGAGAGAAAAAACGGCGCCUCACAGAGGGGCGCAGGCCCGACACAGCUCGAGAGGGCACCGUACGACCCGGCCGCGGCAAGGCAGAUGUGAUGUCCGCUGCCAACGCUUGAGGAGAAGGGCUGGCAGGACGAGGUGGAACUCCACUUGUGCAAGCUCGACCCCUACCGCUGCGCAAGCUGAUGCCCCGUUGUGCCACGUGUCGUAACAUAAGAUACCAGCUUCACGUGUGGAAGCUUCCCCGUCGCUGCGCUAAUCGGCAAGAGGGGAGGAGGGGGAGGAGGCAGAGAGAGAGAGAGAAGAAGAGGAUGGAGAGGCGGAGAUGAGACGCGACCACAGUGCUCUACUCAAAACGAGAGCCCAACACAAGAGGGUUGGGAAUCAUAUUCCAAUUGAGUUCGCCACAUAGACUCUGUUGGCACCCAUAAUGACGACUUCGAAUGCAGUGAGGGCACAGCCAGACCGAAUUGUGCUGUGAAAGGCCAUUCAAAAGGCGCAUGGUCUCACGGCUUGUGCGGCGGGAUGCACAGGCCAAUCGAAAUGAAUUUCACAAGACAUAACCGAAGAGGCGCGCAGCGAAAAAAUGCGCCAGAGCGCCACGCCGCGACAAUGAUCAGGAUUGGUCAAGGGCUCAGGGGCUCCGUUCGGUCAGGCAUUUGCUUUGCGACCUCUCGCUCGGGGGUCGGGGAGCAAUAAGGCCCUCUCACCCCUCAUCGUCCCCCACC